AUGUCAUUCAGUGGAAGAAAGUUUAGAUCAAGAAGAGCACAAUUAGCUUUCGAUGCAUCCCUAGCUGGGAAAUAUCAGUCGAGACUGAGAAGAAAUCCAUUUCUUUACUUCGGCCUGCCCUUUUGCUCAAUAAUGGUACUUGGCUCAUAUUGGCUAUCCAGCUUUACUGCUGUUAGAUACGAGCAGAAAGACCGUAAGAUACAAGAGAUCAGUGAAGAUGACCUAAUGAAGAUGAAGACCAACAAGAGACAAUUUGACCUCAAAGAAGAAUACUACCGAUUACAGGGCUUAGGAGAACAGGAUUGGGAACCUGUACGUGUUCCUAGAAUGAAAGGCGAAUCUGAAAACGUAUGGUAA